GGAGCCGAGCCAGAGGAGGGCGGUGGGGGCGGGGCAAGCGCGGAGGGCCAGGGACGCGCGGAGGACCAGGGACGCGCGGAGGACCAGGGACGCGCGGAGGACCGCGCAGUUAGCGCCGCCUGGCCUGGGGCGGACCCGGUCAGGGUUCCCCAGCUGUCGUCCCUAUGGGGCUGUGUUUUCCUUGUCCCGGGGAGUCCGCGCCUCCCACGCCGGACCUGGAAGAGAAAAGAGCAAAGCUUGCAGAGGCUGCAGAGAGAAGACAAAAAGAGGCUGCAUCUCGGGGAAUUUUAGAUGUUCAAUCUGUGCAAGAAAAGAGAAAGAAAAAGGAAAAAAUAGAAAAACAAAUUGCUACAUCUGGGCCCCCACCAGAAGGUGGACUUAGGUGGACAGUUUCAUAAAGCAUAACAUGAGUAGAAGAAUCUACUGCCAAUAACUGUUUAUUAUCUGCAAUCAAGUGGACUUCAUCAAUUUAAUUUCUUCUCUUUGAAUAAAUGAAGAUUCAGACUUUGUAAUAUUAUUGCCCUUAAGUGCAAUGCUAAAAAAACUUUGAUUUUCAAGCUUAGAGAAUGGCUAGACUUUUCAUUAAAUACCAAUUUUCCUACAUUUGCUCUUCUGCAGUUAGUGGGUGAUUUGCUAUUUUUCUUAGUAGUUAAAAAAUGGAACUAAAUAGUGAAUAUACAUACACUGCAUGUAAACAUUCUGCAUAUACCUCUAAGAUUAAAAUUCGCAGUUGUCUUUUCAUCCUUUAUAAAAUGAUCUAACUACUUAUAUUUCUGCUGCGUCACCUUACAUCUGUUUUUAUUUCACUAUAUAUGAAGAUGUUUGAUUAAACUUACGGACUUAGUGCCUUUAAACUGAUCAUCAGGGAGAAUCUUGAAAAAAUCAUUUGAAGGGCUGAUGUGAAGGAGCACUGUAAAUUUUUAAACUUAGUAAUGAAUAUUCUUAGGCAGAUGUAAAAUUUUUUCCAAUUUAUUUUUAUUUAUGUAGCUUGUAAAAUUAACAUACCAUGUUUUACUUUAUGAUAAAGGAUUUUCUGUUUGCUGAAUUUAAAAUUAUAUAUUGAUACCAUCAGAGGGCAGUGAUGUUCUUUUUUUUUUUUCUGGAGACAGAGUCUUGCUCUGUCGCCCAGGCUGGAGUGCAGUAGCGCGAUCCCUGCUCACUGCAAGCUCCGCCUCCCGGGUUCACGCCAUUCUCCUGCCUCAGCCUCUCCAAGUAGCUGGGACUACAGGCGCCCGCCACCACGCCCGGCUAAUUUUUUGUAUUUUUAGUAGAGACGGGGUUUCACCAUGGUCUCAAUCUCCUGACCUCGUGAUCCGCCUGCCUCGGCCUCCCAAAGUGCUGGGAUCACAAGCGUGAGCCACUGUGCCUGGCCAGUGAUGUUCUAUUGUAUAUUAAAUUCAGCUCUGUAAAGAUCUUUGCAGUAAUUGAAUGAGUUAAACUAAUAAUCUGGAUGAGUUAUAAUGAGUAGUAAUAUAUUUGUCCAUAUUUCAUAAGUAGUGUUAAUCUUGUGUACUUAUUAGAGAAUGAUCAUAAGAUUUAUACAGAUGUGAAACUGCCAAGGCAAGUAUGAAUGUAUGAAAAAAACAUGUAGUAGGUGCUGCACUUACAAAAGGUCUACUUCAGAUGUAAAAAUAUUAGGAGGUAAUUCUAUACAAUGCAUAGUCAUAAACCUUAACAUUUUUGUUUAUUAGAAACACGAAUUUUAUAGCAUUUUUUGUUUCUCCUAUAUAAUACACUGAAAUAAAAGAAUUGGUGUUAGCUA